AUGUUCACUCGCAACCUCACCAAUAUGUCCGCGCGGACAAUGCGCGUAGCAUCACGUUCAGUCCCAGUGUCUGUAGCGAGGCAACCAUUGAGCACAAACUCGAAGACGAAGACGGACAAAUACCCAGAUGAUAAGCACGUGGUGAACAAGACAAAAGAGGGUGAUACAUACAAUAUCCAUGAGAGUAAUACCAAAGAAGCUCUGGACUCCGCAGAUAAAGGCACAGGCGGCACGGCAGUUUCGGGCUCAGAUAAAACAGGCGCAGUUGACAAGGCAAAAAAGGAUUUUCCUGCAGCACCUGACCCAGCGAUUGGCAUGCAAGAUGAGAGGGGCGGAAAGGGCUACUAG